AUCGCCACCCGCUCGCGAUCGUCACAACGAUGGGCCACUCGACGCCGAUCGCCGACAUUGUCGACUGCCACCACCACUACUACGACGUCGACCAGCCGUGCUACCGCUUCCUCCAGUCGCUCGGCGCGUCGAGCUACUUUCCCGAGCAGUACGCGGCGGCAACGGGCGACCUUCCGAUCCGCCGCACCAUCCACGUCGACGCCAUGCCCGAUGACGGCCUCGGUGAAGUCCAGUGGCUCGAGUCGCUGAUCGCAGCCGGCCGGGCGCCGACGCUAGCAGGCAUCGUCGCCUCCUGCGACCUCUCGCAGCCGGACGUCGAGACGCAGCUACGCGCGAUCGUCGCCGCCUCGUCGCGCGUCCGUGGCGUCCGCUUCAUGCUCGACUACGAUGGUCCGUUCGACGGCAAGAAUGCGACCCACAUUGCAUGCUCGCGCCACAACACGGACUUUCUCCGCGACACGAACGGCGCGGCAGAGCGCUUUGCGCGCGGGUAUGCCCUCCUUGCGAAGUACAACCUCUCGUUCGACCUCCAGUGCUGCCCGGCGCAGCUCGAGGCCGCAGCCGCGCUCGCCGCCAAGCACCCGGACGUGCCCGUGGUCAUCGACCAUCUUGGCAAGCUGCGGCGGCUCGCGCUCGACGGUGGUGCCGACGACGCGGCCAAGCUCGCGCAGUGGCGCGCCGGCAUGGCGGCGAUGGCAGCACUGCCCCACGUCUACGUCAAGCUCUCGAUGUUUGGCUACAUGGUGCCGCAGUGGCACACGGACGCAGCGAAGGAGGCGUAUCUGAAGACGCUCGUGCGCGAGGUCAUUGCGCUCUUUGGUGCCCAUCGCUGCAUGAUCAACUCGAAUUGGCACCAGAACGGCGCGGCCGCCGACUCGGACGGUCUCGACGCGACGGGCCCGAGCAUGGCCGAGCUCUUUGCCAAGGUGCAGUCGUGGGUCGCCGACUACGACGAGACGAGCCAGCAGCACCUGUUUAGCUUGACGGCCGCUGCGUUUUACCGCGUGUAA